AUGUUGUCGGCAAAAGCAUUACUUGCUCUCCUCAGAGAAACUAAUGAGGCUGUGAUCUUUUUCGCACUCAAGCGUUUAGUGGAUUUGAUGGACACUUUCUGGUGUGAGAUAGCUGCGGACUUACCCCUAAUUGAGGAGCUCCAAGAGUCUGAAAGCUUGAGCCUCAAAACUCGAAAACUGGCGGCCCUGGUGACUUCGCAGGUGUAUUUUCAUCUUGGUGCCUACGACGACUCUGUUCACCACGCUCUACAGGCGGGAGAGGCUUUUGAUGGAAUGGAGAGGUCCCUUUUUACGGAUACCAUUCUGAGCCGCUGCAUUGAUCAAUAUAUAGAACAGCAAAAACAGGAGGAGCAGAAAGAAGGCGAACUUAAGAAGGUUGAUCCGCGUCUCGAAACGCUCUUUUUGAAUUUGACCAAGCAGUGGGUACAAAAUAAUGAGAGCGUAGAGGAAAUAAAGGAACUCGUCGGCUUGACGAUUCUUUCUCGGCGGAUCGAUUUUCUCGAAAUUGUUUUGAAGCAAUGCCUUAAGCGAGGCGAGUCUUCCGACAUCCUGAACUUCACUUUCAACACGGCAAACGUGUUGCUCCGCGAUAUUGGAUUUCGACGCAAGAUCCUGCGCCUCCUUGCGGUCUUAUAUACCGAAGGGGCUGCCACCAUGGAUUAUUUCUCGAUGGUGCAAUGCCUGCUCUUUCUUUCUGACACUUCUUCCACAGCCAAUCUAAUUCGUGGUUUGAUCAAGGCUGGGGAUACGAUGAUGGCGUAUCAGCUCGCAUUUGACCUCUUUGAACACGGCAGCCAAGAUUUCCUGUCCAUUCUUGUGAAGAAUCUGGAAGGAGAUUCUGUCAUCACCAAUUCAGCCGACAACGGGGCGUCUCUGGCGGUAUCGGCAACACCUGCGGCGGGAAAUGUGGAGGAGGCGAGCAUGGACCCCGCACAAUCCGUCCCACAACCCGCCUUAACUACAGAAGUGGACCCUAUCCAGCGCAACCUGAUAGCGGUUCUCUGUGGUGAAGUAACGUCUAAGCUGUACCUUAAGUUUCUGUACUCCCGCUGCGUUGCCGAUGUGCACAUUCUGAAUCAGAUAAAGAAACGAAUCGAUACCAAAAAGUCUCUUUUGCACAAUGCCACCGUGAUGGCGAACGCCUUGAUGUACAGUGGAACGACCAUUGACGGCUUCUUGCGCGAUAACACCACGUGGCUCGCGCGGGCGGACUAUUGGGCGAAGUUCACCGCCACCGCCUCCGUUGGGGUUAUCCACCGUGGUCAUACAGGGGAGGCUAUGAAGCUCUUGGAUCCAUACCUCCCCAAGGGCAGCCUGCCGGCUUUGCCCUACCAGGAGGGCGGCUCGCUUUAUGCACUGGGGCUUAUUUAUUCUCCUCUGGGACUUUUAAGGGACCACAAGGUGGUUGACUAUCUUAUGGAAAACCUCAGAAAGUAUUCGGAUAAAGCGCCGAUGGUGCACGGCGCGUCCCUUGGCCUUGGUUUGGCCGCGAUGGGGCUUCAGGACGAGAAUAUCUUCGAUACGCUUUUUACCUGCGUGACCGGCAGUGAUGCAGUGGGCGGUGAGGGGGCCGCUGUCGCCAUUGGGAUGCUUCACAUGGGCAGCGGCAACUUCUCGGUCAUCAGCAGCUUGAAAAAUGUGGCCAGCGAGGAGAUGCAAAAGGAGAAAGUCAUUCGUGGAGCUUGUAUGGCGAUGGCCCUGAUUAACCUUGGCCGUGAAAAUGAAGCGCUUGGUCUGGCUAAUGAGCUGCUGGAGAGCGGGGAACCAUGGAUUAGGCUGGGAGGGUGCUUUGUCAUUGGCAUGGCCUUUGCCGGUACUGAAAACACCACCGCCAUUGGUCGUCUAUUACAGGUGACGGUAAAGGACACUUCGGACGAUGUUCGGCGCAAUGCAGCUAUGAUGGUUGGGUUUCUCUCUUUUAGGGACCCUGCACUAUGUUUAUGUCUUGUGCGGAUCCUUGUGGACAGUUAUAAUCCCCAUAUCCGCUAUGGAGUUGCUAUGGCGCUAGGGGUGUGUGCCGCCGGCACGGGUAGCUCUGAGAUUAUUAACGUGCUUUGGGAAAUGAAAGACGACCUGAACGACCUUGUCCGACAGGGUGUGCUUAUUGCCCUUGCCCUUGUCAUGACUCAGCUCACUGAAUACGAGAACUCCAAGGUGAAGGAGUUCCGCCAGCUCUUGGAUGCUAAGAUCGGCGACCGCAGGGAGACGCUUUGCAUCAAGCUUGGCAGCAUACUGGCCUCCGGGCUUUUGGACUGCGGUGGCCGCAAUUGCACCUUCGCCUUACACCGAGAUCGGCAUCGCAUGGAUAAGGCCGUGGCCGGCAUGUUCUUUUUUACGCAGUACUGGUACUGGUAUCCAUAUGUUUAUAUGGUGUCAUUGGCGAUGCUGCCCACUUGCUUUAUUGGCCUUAAUGAUAAACUCGAGAUGCCUGAGUACACUUUCUUAUCUAAUGCUCCGCCUCACCACUACGCCGUCCCAAAGUCCGUACUCCAGGAGAAGAAGGAGGUCAAGUUAUUCGGGGUGCAGGCGGUUGUGCUCUCAACGACGCGGAAAGAAGAGGAACUACAGCGCCAGCGCCGUGGAAAGCAGUCACUUCAUGAGACUGAAAGCAAGGAAAACACGAAGGCCGCCACUGGGUCCGCCGCGGCCAACGAGGGCCCCAACGCCCCUGGCGCUGACCAAAAGAGAGUCUCAAACGCUGAAGCAGACGGCAAAAGCGAUCCGCACGAUACUUCCUGCGAAAUUCUUCACAACCCUGCUCGGGUUACGGCCCACCAGUUUGCUUUCAUUUCACACACCGUCAAUGGCCGCUACGUCCCGCUCAAACCCAACCCCAUCGGUGUGUGCCUCUUAAAGGACACAAUGCCCAAUCUUGGGGAGCAGAAAUUAAUUGUGGCGAUUGACCCUGAUGACAAGGAUGCGCCACCGCCGGAGCCGUUUAUGUAUUCAUAA